CGAGCCGAGCCGAGCCGAGCCGGAGGGCCGCAGCAGAGCAUGGCGCCUUGGCGGGACUGCAAGGCCUGGCAAGAUGCUGGACUUGUCCUUUCCACCACAAGUAAUGAGGCUUGUAAAAUGUUUGAUGCGGCACUUACUCAGUACGUGACGUGGACAAAUGAUAGCAGUCUAGGAGGCAUUGAAGGAUCUCUUUCAAAAUUACAAGCGGCUGAUCCAAAUUUUACAAUGGGGCAGGUGAUUACUCAUGGUUUGACUCUGAUUGGUACGGGGAGUUCAGUGCGGCUUGACAGAAAAUUAGAUGAUGCAAUUAAGAAAAUGUCUGCACUGUCCCAGUCUCAACCAUUAACUGAGCGGGAGAAGUUGCAUGUCGCUGCGCUGGAGCUUUUUGCUGAUGGGGAGCUCCCUAAAGCUUGUGAUACAUGGGAUCAAAUUCUACAGAACCAUCCAACUGACUUGUUAGCUCUUAAAUUUGCACAUGAUACGUACUUUUACUUGGGACGUCAGAUACAGAUGAGGGAUUCCAUUGCCAGAGUGUAUCCCCACUGGACACAGGACCUUCCUCUUAGUAGUUACCUGAAAGGCAUGUACUCCUUUGGGCUCAUGGAAACCAAUUGCUUUGAUCGUGCGGAGAAGCUUGCCUAUGAGGCUUUAGCUAUCAAUCAAACGGAUGCGUGGUCUGUUCACACAAUCGCUCAUGUGAAUGAAAUGAAAGCAGAUUUGAAGAGUGGACUGGAGUUUAUGAAGCAAACUGAAAACAACUGGAAGGGUAGUGAUAUGCUUGCUUGCCAUAACUACUGGCACUGGGCUUUGUAUUUUAUCGAAAAGGGUGACUAUGAGGCUGCGUUGACCAUUUAUGACACUCACAUUGCUCCCCGGUGCCAGACGAACGGGACCAUGCUCGAUGUGGUUGACAAUUGCUCUAUGCUAUAUCGGCUGCAGUUAGAAGGUGUGAAUGUGGGUGACAGGUGGAAAGGAGUAAACCAUCUGACGAAGAAACAUGCUUCAGAUCAUGUCCUGAUCUUCAACGAUGUUCACAUUUUGAUGGCUUCAUUAGGGGCUAAGGACCAAAAAACGACUCAUGAGCUCUUAACGACCCUCCAGGAACUGGUCCAGGCACCUGGUGAAGCCUACGAGCUAAAACUGGGUCCUAGGCUGAGCCUUCCUCUUUUGCAAGCAUUUGUAGAGUUUGAGAAUGGAAACUACGACAAGACGGUGGAGUUGCUUUUCCCCAUUCGCUACCAAGUGGUCGAGAUAGGGGGAAGCAAUGCUCAGAGAGAUGUUUUUGCCCAGAUGCUGAUCCAUGCCGCUUUAAACUGUAAAUCCAAAGCUAACCAAAAACUUGCAAGGUGCCUCCUGAUAGAACGCGAUGAACUGAGACCAAAUGCACCAAUGACUGAGCGACUCAUGCGCAAGGCCUUUGCUGUUCACACCCUGGGAUAAAACUUGCGCCUGGCGUGCUCAGAAAGUUUCUAGUCCGCAUUCUCACUCCGAAGCUUCCCGUUAUGGCAGCAAGCCAAUCUCUGCCAAAGUGCAAUGAGGACGUCUUGCACAGAGCUUAGAUGGAUUAGGCCUUUGGUAAUUGCAGUUACAGAGAUUCCUUUUCAAUCCUGGGCUUUCUGGAAUGUUUUUUAAUCUUGCCAAGUUUUGAUGAACAAAUCAAACAGAAAUAUACCAAAUCAGUUGCUUUCUUUACAUGUCUCACUUGUUUAAAAUAAGAUUCCACUGCAGAGUUCUGAUAUGCUAGAACACCAUUGGGGGAUUAUUUGGUAUUAGGAUAAAUGGAAGUGAGCAAGGUGUAGAACAUGAUGUGGCUGUGUGGAAUGUAUUGCGAUAUGCUGAGAUACACAAGCAGCAUUAACAAGGCAUGUAUUUUGAGCAGUAGUGGAUUUUUGCCUUCUUAGAAAUAACGUACCCUUGGGUGGGAGACCAAGUCCAGGGUUGCUACACAGAGGCAGGCAAUGGAAAACCACUUUUUGUCUCUUGCCGUGAAAACACUGCUGGGUCAUCAUUAAGUUGGCUGCAACUUGAAGGCACUUUACAUGCCUACACACAGAGUUUAAAUAUCCACAGAUCUGUUUCUGCCUCAGGGUACCCUCUCUGGGACAGGAUCUGUUACAGGUACUGGAAUCAUGUGGGGUUGCCUUUUUUGUGUUAAGGAUUCUGUUGGAGCAGGGGAAGCCGUCUUCCCUCUGUCUGCCUUUAAACAGAAGGGGGCAGAAGGGGGAAGGGCCACAGGUGAAUCCAGGAGAGCUCAGAGAACCAGAGGAAGUGAAAACAUUGUGAUGGACUGGAGAAGAGGUGGAGACAAACCAGUACAACCCACGGAGGCAGAGGAAUUUUUCUACAGAAAAUUGUUAAUGUUGGCACACAAACCACAGCACUGGUCUAUGAUAAGAUUUUCUUAAAACUCAGGAUGAUUGUAUACAUGCAUGCUUCACACAAAAAAUUGCCAGUCCACUUUUAAAUACAUUAUGUAGAGAAUCUUUA